AUGAAUAUUAACAUUGGUGCUUUGGUGGCAUUGAAAGGAAAUGAUCUACAGGCGUUUACUGAUAUACUCAAUACAAAGGAUGUAGAAGAAGGUGUGAGAGAUCAGGUGUCCUGGAUUUACUCUCCAAUAAAGAGUGAGAAAAGUUUGAACCUGGUAGAACUCUGUGUUGAAGAAGAUAAUCUUGAGUUUAUUAGAACUCUUGUUCGUCUAGGUGUACAUUCUCAUCUACUCAAUACAAUAACAGGAUAUGCGCCAUUGCACCGUGCCGUCCUUCUUGGUAAACACGAGAUUGUUAAACUCUUCAUUGACAACUCAAGGACUGAGUUUGAUGUGAACUCCCGCUCUGGAAGAUUGAAACGAGGAUAUACUGCUCUUCAUCUAGUUGCUGAUAAUCCUACAGACAAUCAUUUACAGUGUUUAGACAUUCUUCUUGGUUGUGAGGGUAUUGAUGUGAACUGCCUGGAUUGUAGCAGCACGGUCAGUCCUCUCUACCUGGCAGCAAAGAAGAAAAAUGAAUCUGCUGUCAGGAAACUGAUUGAAAAUGGAGCUGCUUUUGACAUUAAGGUCGGCAGAACUAGCAAAACUGUGGAAGAUUUUAUAAAGGAAAACCUACCCCAACUUCAGCUAAGGACUAUAAGGGUUAAGAAACCUCGACAACGCGAAGAUAAUGUCAAGGAAAGGAUGAUAACCAUUGUAUCGAAUGUAUCCCCGGAUUCUUUAAACCUUCAUCAGCUGUUCCUUGAGUUCCGCCAUCUUAGUUUAAGUGUACACGAUGCCAGCAGAGGAUUCGAGGAUUUAGUUGAGAAGUGUUGCAGAAAAGGCCUUCAUGACUUUGCCCAAGUACUCUUCAAUAAGAACGCUGACCCAAACCGGUUUGGAUCCGGUUCUUUGUCUUGUCCAAUUCUUGAUGCGGCGGAGAGAUCAGAUUAUAGACUGGCACAGGUGCUGGUUAGAGCAGGAGCUGAGAUGAGCCAAGUUAAAGAGAGAACAGAGGAAACUGUACUGCAUUGUCUACUCAAGAAUUACAAUAAGGAUAUUGAGGAAGAUUUUUCGAGAUUCCUUGAAAUUCUGUUUAACAAAGACGACAUUAAAAUCAGGCGCAGUAUUGACCUGGUUCUGAACAGAAAGGAUUUGACCGGUGUUACCCCUCUCCAUUACGCUACGGAGAAAUGUUCCCAAAAUGUCGUGAGAGCUUUGCUGAGACGAGGAGCAAACAUUGGAAUAAAGAAUAUGUGGGGAGAGAUACCUAUUUCAAGGAUUUGUCCACGUCUGCUGGAAGAAUUCUUGGACCAAGACUGUAUAAUUGGCGAUGGUGAAGUUCAUGAUAAAGAGUUUUCUUUGACUUUCAAAUAUUCUUUUUUGGCCCCAGAUCCACAGAGUCUACCUGAGCCCUACCGUCCUCCCCUUGAACUAGAUGAAGCGCUUCAGCCACUAAACCAGGAGGUUAACAAGAUAAAUGAUAACAAGGAGAGAAAGACAGCUUUGCCUGAAACAGAAUCCCUUUGGUAUAUGGGACAAAGUAAACAGCACAGACAUCUUUUGAAGCACCCAGUGAUCACAAGUUUUCUCUGGUUCAAAUGGGAAAGAAUGCGACCUUACUUUAACAGGAACCUACGGUUGUACCUACUGUACGUUUUUAUUCUAACUUGGUUCAUCUUUGAACAGUUCGGAGGGGUUGGUCAGAAACCAGCGAUAAGAGAUGCAUUUUUUGUACUCUACAUUGCUCUGUGCAUUUUGACUACCCUACUAAUUAUCAAGGAUUGGACCAGGGAUUUAAAGGAGAUAAUUUCGAGUCCACAGAAAGAAGACCCUGAUUAUGGGGUAAGAUCUAGCAGGCGAGGGCAGGGUCUGGUGUCCCAAAUGACCUCAAACAUUCCUGAUAUUCUUCAAAUAUCUGGGAUGGUUUGUAUUUUCUUCAUCCAGCCUUCUCAUCUUAACAUCCCUCUUAUAGUGCUGCUCUGUAUCCUGGUACUCCGUGAGCUGCUACAACUGUUAGUAUCUAUGAAGAGAUAUCUGUGCAGUCUAGAGAAUUGGAUCGAAGUUGCAAUGAUUGUUUUAGUUGUGUAUAUUCUCUGUAACAAUACAGAAGAUGACUUUGCAGUUAAUCGGCAUUUGGCGGCCAUUGCUCUAGUAUUCUCCUGGACGGAACUAAUCACAAUGAUUGGCAGACACCCGAAGUUGCACCAUCUCAACAUAUAUGUCACCAUGUUUUACAAAGUAUUGAAUUCAUUUCUCCUGUUCCUUAUGUGGUUUUCUAUGUUCAUUGUUGCAUUCGGUCUGGGUUUCUAUAUCAUGCUGCAUACCGAUACAGUUACAGAUAUUUCUGGUUUAGAAGAUGAGGACAAGAAUCCAUUGUUUAACAAAACAUGGCUUUCAUUAGUGAAAACCUCUGCUAUGUUUGUGGGAGAACUGGAAUUCAGUGAUCUACCAAUUGACAGCUCUGGAUAUCUGGGUAUGCUGGCGUACUGCUACUUUCUCAGUUUUGUUUUUCUGAUUGUUGUUGUUUUGAUGAAUCUACUGAACGGGCUGGCGGUCAGCGAUACAGGAGAUAUAAAGGCUAAAGCUGAAAUAUAUUCGUAUAUCAGCAGAGUAGAAACUAUAUCCUACAUGGAAUCCACUCUACUAGGUGAUCCAUUUGAUUUUCUGUCCAAUGUUCCAGAGUUCCUGAAAUCAAUUCCUUCAAUCUCUCUGAUCCGACAGUGCUACAGAACUGGCUUUUGCAGAAAAGUGUUUAAAACUGGAGCUAAAGGAUUUCUUCUAUUCUACACAGUUCUUCCAGAUAAAGAGUUUACAGUGAAACCUAAUCAUCUUGGAGCAAUGUGUUCUCUGCAACAGGAUCAGAUCGGAGAAGGAAUUUUGGUGUCUGCUAAGGAAAUUGUUUUGAAAAAUCGGUCUCAGGAUAGCUACGACACUACAGAGCUGGCGGACCUACGAGAAAAACUAUUUAACCUUGAGACAGAAAUCAAUGGCAAGCUUGAUUUACUCAUCAGAAAACGUUAAUUAUGGGUAAUUAGAUGUAAUUAUCCAUAAACACUGUUUUUAUUCAUGUUUUACAAACAAUUAUAUAAAAUAUCAUGUCUUUACUUGAGUCUUUGUCACAAACUCAAAUUUUCUUUGAAAUCCAAUGUUGUAGAUCUUAGAUAAAGGGAUAUAACCAUCAUGUUGCAGAGAAAUAGAAAUAUUUGAGUUUGUGACAAAGACCAAAUUCCUUUCAGCGAAAGGGUAUUUUUUAUCGAAAUAGUUUCUAAAAUCAAAAAAUUUAACAAAAUAUCGUUUCAGAGAUUGUUCUUUUGUUGUAAAUUUUCACAAAAUGUAUUGGAUUUCCAAAAACGAGACAAGUGUAAGUUGCAAGGUUGGGAACCCAACUUUAUUUCGAAACAAAUAUUUCUUUAUAAUAGUCAAUCUAUUCAACGAAAACAUUUAAACCAUGCUAAGAACAUUCCCACGGUUCUACAGUGUUCCCUCAAUCAACAUUUGAGGCAAGGUUGUUAAAGGGUUCCUGAGUUAUGAUCGGACAUACAAACAAACAGAGAUUACUACCUUAUAUAUAUAUAUAUAGAGAGAGAGAUAAAGAUCAUUUUUCUGACAAUAAGAGAAUAGAAACCUAAGGUUAAAGGUUCCAAGGUACUAAAAGCUUAGUUGGGGGCUUUCCAA